UAGGCAAACAUGAGGAUGACAUCAGGUGUUACUGACAAAAGCAGAGAACAUAAAGCCUUCUUCCGUAUGACCAUAAUGCAGCGUCUACACUAUAUCAAUUACGACGACAGGAGUAAGCUGCUUAUGAAAGGACCGACAGAGAACCUACAACCAAACCCCCUUCCCUCAGUCCGCUGCCCCGUCUGGAGGAUAAACUGCUCCUUUUCCAAGAUCUACUUACAUCCCACAAUUAAUCCCACCCUCACCUUUAAGGAAUAACUACAAAAUACACAAACAAUGGCAGUUUUAAAGGUAAAGUUUACUAAGACCAGGAGGGAUAAGUUGGCCCAGAUCCUGUGGAUCCUCAACUGGAUUUCAGUGGUUACAGGGGUCAUCCUGUUCAGCCUGGGUCUCUUCCUCAAGGUGGAGCUCAAAAAGCGUGAAGAGCUGAUGGCAGAGAGGGACAUCCAAUAUGUUCCCAACAUGUUGAUAGCUGUGGGUCUCAUUGCUUGUAUUAUCAAUUUCCUGGGUGGGAAGAUCUGCUAUGACUGCGUGGACUCCACCAAGUUCUUGCGCUGGAAGCUGAUCAUGCUGCCCUACAUUGUGUGCACCUUCUUUUUCACCCUCUGCGUGCUUGUGGGGGCUCUGAUGUGUUAUACCAUGCACUGGGAACUGGAAGAGGCUCUGAACCUGGGCCUGAUGCAGGCUAUGAGGUUCUAUAAGGACACAGACAUGCCAGGACGCUGCUUCCUGAAACACACUGUGGACACACUGCAGAUACAGUUCCAGUGCUGUGGGAACAGCGGCUUCAAAGACUGGUUUCAAAUUCAGUGGAUAAGCAACCGUUACCUGGACAUGUCCAAAAAGGAAGUCAUAGAUCGACUGAGAAGUAAUGUAGAGGGGAAAUACCUGAUGGAUGGAGUCCCAUUCAGCUGCUGCAAUAUCAACUCGCCUCGGCCUUGCAUCCAGCAGCAGAUUACCAACAACUCGGCCCAUUUCAAUUAUGAGCAUCAGACCGAGGACCAAAACUUGUGGAUGAAAGGCUGCCGACAGGCACUGCUGGAGUACUACACCCACAUUAUGCAGUCCAUUGGCCUUACAGUACUCAUUACCUGGCUCUUUGAGCUGUCAGUGCUGACGGGUGUUCGUUACCUCCAGACCUCCCUGGAAAAUGUGCUGAGGCAGGGAGACCCUGACUCUGAAUCUGACGGUUGGCUGCUGGAAAACAGUCUCAUGGAAACGGCCCGCACCAACCUGAGCAUCAUAAAGAGCCUUGGCAAGAGCAACCAAAUAAACACAGCCAACAAUGGUGACCCCAACAUUGACGUCCCAUCCACCUCGAAGGCACAUUAUGGGCCAGACAAUGUUUUCCCAAUGGAGAGGAUGGAAACAAGCUAAACGUUUCAGACUUAUAGUCCAUACUGAAAAAUUAUCUCCAAUCCUCUGAGCCGUUGUUCUGCUCUCAGCAGAGGUCUUAAGAUAACAUAUUGUCUACUUUUUAAAGAUCUG